ACUGCUGUGAGUACAUUACAACAAUGGACGACGACUCAACUAGCAAUAAUCAGUCUUCAAACUUUAGACGGUUUGAGAUUUCACCGCCAACAGCGUUUCCUCGGUAUUACCCGUACCUCAAUCCGCCACAAGUGAGGCCACUACAAACAUUAUAUUUUCCCACUACAACUGGACCUCGUUYCCUUUCUUCYGUACAACCAAAUAAUACGGCUCGUGGCCCGAUGGAUUUGAAUGCUUUCCUUCAUGACUCAGCACUCCAAGAGACGCCGGGCUCUAAAAGUAGUGAUGGCCGAAAUAUACCGCAUCCUCCGAUAAAUUUUAAUGCUUCACCUCAUCAAGACAACUCUGCGUUCGAAGGAAAAGGAGAGACAUCAGGAUCUAAAGGUCGAGGCAAAAAUUGGAGCGAUGCAGAGACAAGAUUUUUGCUCGAAAUAUGGCGUGAAAACUACCCUAUAAGCAAACGACGGAACAGCGGAGUCUGGGACUCCAUUGCAACACAACUCAACAAGGCCUUACUUGAUCAAGGACUGAACAGCUUCCGCACGGGAACGCAAUGUAAGGCACGCAUAAAGCAUUUGGAAGACGAUUACAAACGGGUGAAGGACCACAAUGGUCGUUCAGGUAAYGACAGGGAAACGUUUGAAUACUAUGACGACCUAGAUGCAGUGUUGGGGUGUAAGCCUAAUAUCACUCCCAAGUCUGUGUUAGACUGCGGGCUCGACGAUCAGUCUCCAUCCACCUCUUUUGUUAACUUACCUGACGAUAAAGAGAGUAAUGGCAGUGAUGAUGAUGAUGUUUUUGAUGGCGGMGCACAUCGUAGUCCACUACAGGGGAAAACGCCUAGUACCCCUUCUACUCAGGGUAAGAGGUUGGCAGGAAAGGGAAAGCAGACAGCAGGCAAAACACCAGCAAAGAAAGCUAAGAAGGAACCCGUACAUUCUGAUUAUUCAGAAUUAUUUGACUUUUUAAACCACAGCCAAGAAAAGGACCAACAAUUCUACAAAUGA